AUCAUUCACUGCUGCAAGACAACCCGCACUGUCCUGCGACUCUCCCACGUCCCUCUCACGUCUCUUUCAACAAAUCGUCAUCAUGGGUUCAGUGAUGCUACAGCACCUCCCCUCCGCGUGGCACGUCGAUCAGGCCAUUCUCAGUGAAGAGGCCCGCAUAGUGUGCCUCCGUUUCGGAAACGACUACACACCCGAAUGUAUGGAGAUGGACGAGAUGCUAUACAAGAUUGUUGAUGCAGUCAAAGACUGGGUUGCCAUCUACGUCGUUGAUAACCAGCAAGUCCCAGACUUCAACGCCAUGUACGAGAUCUACGAUCCCUGCACUGUCAUGUUCUUUUGGCGCAACAAGCACAUGCAAGUCGAUUUUGGCACGGGCAACAACAACAAGAUCAACUUUCCUAUUGGCACGAAGCAGGAGUUGAUUGACAUCUUAGAAGCCGUGUAUAGGGGAGCGAGCAAGGGAAAGGGGCUUGUUGUCAGUCCGAGGGACUAUUCAACCAAAUGGGCGUACUAGUCUGGACUUUGGGGUAUGAGAGAAAACACGAGAUAUCAGUCAGGGGAGACUACAAUCCGAGGUAGGAAGACACAAAGCAUAUUCCGAC